AUGGCUUCUGAAAUUGUAACUGGAUCGAGCCUUUUGGAAGAUCGCCUUCCAAAUUUGAGAUAUGGAACCGACAAAACCCAUGCACCCAGCUUGAAAGGGGAAUAUUGUCUACUUCCUCUGGCGGUAUGGGACAAGUUUGAGUACCGGGUGCGAAAGCAUUGUGACGGACUUCAAAAGAUGGAUGAAAUGGUGAAAUGCGGAGAUGAGCAUUCAGUGGUUGCAAGAUUCGGCCAACAUGUGGGUCAGGUUAUGACAACAAUCUUCCAACAAACCGAGUCUGCAAAGAAUGUCUAUUUUGGCGAUUACAAAACCUAUAACAACCCGACUGGCUCGGGAAAAUGCCCGGACAUUGCUGUUCUCGAACGUGAUCAAUUGCUUUUUGUCGGAGAAGCAAAGACCCCAUGGGCGCAUAAACCCGGAGAUUUGGACACUGUGAACGACGUUGAAUUCAGAAAAUAUCUUGGUACGUAG